GUGGAGCGAGUCCAGCCAUGGCGGCCCUGGAGUGGUACGCACACAAGGCCCUGGGGGACGGCGUGUACUGGAUCCAGGAGCGCUUCUACGAGUCCGGGAACCGAGCCAACAUCUGGCUGGUGCAGGGCUCCCACCAGGAUCUGGUCAUCGACACCGGCCUGGGGCUCCGCAGCCUGCCGGACUACUUGUGCUCUUCGGGGCUGCUGCCGCACGGCAAGAGCGGGGGAUCGGGGCGCCGGCCGCUCAUGGCUGUGGCCACACACGUCCACUUUGACCACGCCGGGGGCCUGCACCAGUUCGAUCAGGUGGCCGUACACCGGGAGGAAGCGGACGCUCUGAUCCGGGGAGAUAACUUCGAAACGGUGACCUGGUUGUCAGACAGCGAGGUGGUAAAAGCCCCUAUCCCGGGCUGGAGCGCCAGUCAGUUCAAGGUGCAGCCGGUGAAGCCCAGCCACGUCCUGGAUGAUGGUGACAUCAUCAGCCUCGGCGACAGGCAGCUGACGGUGAUGCAUAUGCCGGGACACUCACGUGGAAGUAUCUGCUUACAUGAUAGAGAUCGGAAGGUCCUUUUCAGUGGAGAUGUAGUGUAUGAUGGAUCCAUGAUCGACUGGUUGCCUUACAGUAAUAUCUCCGAAUAUGUUAGAUCCUGCGAGCGCCUCAAGGGUUUGGUGAACCGGGGUUUGGUGGACAGGGUGCUGCCAGGGCACUUCAACACAUUUGGAUCAGAAAGACUACACCGCUUGGCCUCCAACUACAUCACGAAUGCUGGACUGUGCCACAAGGUGUCAACGUGUGCAGUGAGGUCUAUGGCAGGAAUAGCACUUCGUGUAACCAAUUCCAGGAGAACAACCUAAAUGACUCGAUUUGCCGUGCCAAUCAUAAACUAAACGGAAGGAUUUCUAUGCAAACAUCUAAUACCAAACACGAUAACUUAGCAUUCUGUACAGUAUGUAGAUGCCAUUAAUGCCUCCAAUAUGAGCUUAUGUUAUAUCAAACUGCAAGCAAACCUGUAGGACAAACUGUAUAUAUGAAU